AUGGCUCCCCAGCCUGUCGCCAUCUAUGGCCUCGAGGUCCGCCCCGGCAAGCUGACCCCCGCUGGUCCCAACUUCCCCGCCGGCUACCGCAUCACCAUGGCUGCCAUUGACCCCACCAGGCCUGAGGGUCCCGAAGACGAGGACUCGGAGAUCCCCUCCAAGCCUCUCGCCGUUCUCCGUCUCCUGAAGAUGCCCCUUGACGACGAUGAGGAGGAGGACUCUGAUGACGAGGAGAUCGACGAGGAGUACCUCAAGGCUCUUCUCGCUGCUUCCCCCGACGACGAGGAGGACUCUGACGAGGAGGCCAACGGCGGCCCCAGCGACCCCAAGAAGAAGAAGAAGGGCGCUGCCCAGCUGAUCGCUGCUCUCAAGGGCGAGGACUCGGACGAGGAUAUGGCCGAGUCUAAGACCAACGGCAAGAAGGGCAAGGGCAAGGCUUCCGACGAGGACGAUGAGGAUGAUGAGGAGGACAGCGACGACGAGGACUCGCCCGACCAGCUCGAGCAGUACGUCCUGGCUACCUUCGACGGUGAGCGCCACUUCCAGCAGGCUCUCGACAUCUCCGUCGGUCCCAACGAGCAGGCCUGGUUCCUUGUUGACGGUCACUUCUCCGUCCACCUGACCGGCAACUACGUUGUCGACGACGAGGAGGAGGAUGACGAGGAUGAGGACGACGAGGAUGAGGAGGACAUGUACGACCUCGCCUCUGACGAGCUCCUCGGCGGCGAGGACAGCGACGAGAGCGAUGAGCUCGACGGUCUCGAUGACCCCCGCGUCAUGGAGGUUGACAGUGAGGACGAGGAGGCCCCCAAGCUCGUCGAGGUCAAGAAGGGCAAGAACAAGCGCGCCGCCGAGGAGGCCGAGGCUCUCGAUGACCUCAUCACCAAGGACGACGCCAAGCUCUCCAAGAAGCAGCAGAAGAAGCUCAAGAACAACAAGGGCGAGGCCGUCGAGUCUGAGGAGCCUAAGAGCAAGGCCGACAAGAAGGUCCAGUUCGCCAAAAACCUCGAACAGGGCCCCACCGGCUCUGAGAAGAAGGGCAAGGCCGCUGUCGGCGUCAAGGUCGUCCAGGGCGUCAAGGUCGUCCAGGGCGUCACCAUCGACGACCGCAAGAUCGGCGAGGGCCGUGCCGUUAAGAACGGUGACAAUGUUGGUGUCCGCUACAUCGGCAAGCUCGAGAACGGCAAGGUCUUCGAUGCCAACAAGAAGGGCAAGCCUUUCUCCUUCAAGGCCGGCAAGAACCAGGUCAUCAAGGGCUGGGACAUUGGUAUCCUCGGCAUGACCAUUGGUGGCGAGCGCCGCCUCACCAUCCCCGCCCACCUGGCUUACGGCUCCAAGGGCCUCCCCGGUAUCCCCGCGAACAGCACUCUGCAGUUCGACGUCAAGCUUCUUGAGAUCAAGUAA